AUUUUUAUUUUUUUUUAGAAUAUACAGAGUUAUAGAUUUUAAAUAAAGGUAUUCCUGUCUUCUGUCUUUACAGGUGCAACCGCUCUUGUUGAUGCCAGUUUAAUAGCCCAGCUGGUGAGCAAGCUGGAGUCAGAGCAUGAUGAAAUACAGGAGCUGAUUCUGGAAACUUUGCAUUUUUGUCUCCAAGCAGACGCUGCCCAGGCUCUUAAUGCAGGAGCUGUCCCCAUUCUGAAGGGGAAGCUCAGUCAUCCGUUAGUAGGCAUUAGGAGGAAAGCAGCCUGUGCUCUCAUGGAAAUAUGUGUUCCACUAGAAGGAAAGGAAAGUGUUUGCAAAGCAGAGGUAGUUCCUAUAUUUGUACAGCUCUUGGAAGAUGAGGAUGCUGAGGUCAGAGCCAAUGCUUCUGGGGCUUUGAUGUUCACUACCAUUACUACUCAAGGGAAAUAUGCAGCUCUUCAUUCUGGAGCCAUUCCAAAACUGUUAGCUCUUGUGAAAGAUAGCCACAGCAAGGUGCGACUGAACUGCAUCAAGGCAUUGACUACCCUGUCUGAAACACCUGAAGGUCGCAAAGUUCUUCAGCCAGAUGUCAAUCUACUCCAGGAAUGUCUGAGUGACUCCAGUGAAGCAGUGAAGACAGCAGCUGCUAUAGCAGUACAAGUCAUACAGUGGAAACCCUGA